AUGGCUGCCAUAGCAGCAACCCAGCAGCCCCUCGAGAGCGCUCCGCCGGCUCAACCGCAACUCACGAAGCCCGCUGACUGGUCGCACUUCAUGGUCGCUGCAGCCCUGAAGUUCGUUUCUGGCGAGAAGGCGGCCGUCUCCUACAGCAGUGCCGACGAAGCUCGCCUCGACAUCCUCAACACGUUGAACUGGUUCGAAGCUCAUGCUGAAUACGAGUGGCCGAAUUUCACCCGCCUCGGUUACGACUUCAGUCAGGCCAUGCGUUUCCGCCGUGCUCUGGUGAGCGACGUCUUUGUGACGCUGCAGCGAUCGAGUCAUCUGAAGGUCACUGGUGGUGCGGAUGCACUUGGUACACCGGAUAGUGCACGAGGUGGCAAGAGGGCCGGAGGAGCCAGCCGUCGCAUGGCAGAGCGUAAGCGUCACUGUAAGCGUGAAGACGAGUCGGACACCGACACUGACGACGCCUCCGACAAGCCAUUCUGGGACGACGGAUUCCUGGCCGAGACUAUGAAUGUACUCAUCAAUCGCUCCAAGGAAAACAUCAUGGAUUAUCUCCGAGGCGAGAAGGACCCAGAUGCGUUUGCGAACCUCAUGCACGAUGAAUUGGUGAGCGUCUGGGAAGGUCCAUUGGCUGACAAUGGCCCGAAACGAGAAGACCUCAAGCAGAAAAGCGUCUUGUGGGCUGAGCGCAACAAAACGCCGAGUCCUCGUCAUUCGAGCCCAGAGCUCGGAGAGCCUCGUCCGAAGGGGCGAACUGAGCCAAAUAGCACAUCGAGCGUACCGGUCAGUCGCUGA